CAACUUUUACAUGUAUUGUGAAUGUUGUAUCAAACAAAAAUUAGCUAUAGUAGUGCUCCAUUCGUUACAAACGUUUCUGUUGAGAUAGACAUGCACAUGUCAAAACAAACGAGAGAUGGCAGACGAAAAAGUGGACGACCCGGAACUGUGCAAAGGAGAAAAACAAGAAACUGCUGUGGACUUUGAAAAACUGCAUACAUUGUUUGUCUAUGAUGAGUUGGGAAACAAGAUUUGUUUUUCAGAUAUCUUCAAAAACCAGAAAACAAUUGUUGUUUUCACUCGGCACUUCCACUGCUUUGUUUGCAAAGAUUACAUAGGAGAUUUAGGAAUUGUCCCACCCGAAUACCUUCAGGCUGCUAAUGUAGGAAUUGUUGCCAUUGGACCAGCCCCAUACAAGUUUAUUAAGCCAUUCAAGGAGGAGACUCAUUUCAAUUACCCCCUGUAUACUGACCCAGAGAGAGAGGUCUACAAAACUCUCAGUCUGACGGAGAAGAUGGUGCAUGGUGAUGGGAAGAAUAAUAAGCAUGUCAAGCAGAAUCUGUUCAUGGGGACGCUGAGGAGUACCUGGAACGCUUUAAAGGUUGGGGAGUUUGAGGGGAAUAUAAAGCAGCAAGGAGGAGCAUUUAUACUGGGACCAGGCGAUGUUGUACACUUUGCCCACAUUGAUGAAAACUCACUGGAUCAUACGCCGAUCAAUGACCUCCUUGAGAAGGCAGGAGUCGCUGCUGUCAGUUUCCCAAAGGACAAACGAGAGUAACAGUUAUACAAGGCAGUGUACUUGGACCAUCAUUGUUUGUUUUGUACAUAAAUGACCUACCAGAUGUCAUUGAUUCGAACGCCCUACUCUUUGUCGAUGAUACUAAAUUGUAUAAAGACACCAGGGUCAAUGGUGAUCUUCAGCAGGAUCUAGACAAUUUACAACAAUGGUCGGACAAAAUGGUUGCUAUAAUUUCACCCAGACAAAUGCAAACAAUGUAUUUGGGAAAGAAAAAAUGUGCAAAUGAUCUGCAUUUAUACAAAGAUGUUGAUGGUCUGAGAACAACAGUAACGCUAACUGAGGAAAUGUAAGAGAAAGGCCUUGGGAUAAUUGUUGACAAUAAAUUAAGUUUUAGAAAUCAUAUACAAGCCGCCAUGAACAAAGUAAACUGAAAACUUGGAGCCAUUAGAAGAACAUAUACAUACUUGGAUAAUAAAUCAUUCUGCCUACUUUAGUUCGACCCCAUCUAGAGUAUGGAGCAUGUGUAUGGAAUUUCCAUAC